GUCACGCGGCGGGUCUGUGUCCAUGCCACGCGGCGGGUCUGUGUCCAUGUCACGCCGCGGGCCUGUGCCCACGUCCACCCUGUCACCGUGCCGAUGCUAACGACUGGCAUGCCUGUACCUCAUCACCCAUUUCCUUCUGUGCCGGUCGCCGCACAUAGGUCGAUGCAAACGAGGGCGGGGUGGAGGCAGCCGACACGCUGAAGGAUCCGCUAGGGGAGUUCGGUAGAUUCUGGAGGAUCCGGUUUUUUGUACAGUGUUGUUGCCGGUUGUUAUGGUUGUGUCAGAGAGCUUACACGUUGUCUUUUACCCGAUUUUCAUCAAAUGGUUACAUCCUGAUUACUUCAGAAAACGUUUAUUACAGCCCUCAAACUCACAUAGGCGUAACUAUCACUGAGGCCGCGGCUGUUCAGCCAGACUUCAGUAACUUUCGGGUAUAUUUUGCUGCGGACCUGGUCAUGCCCUUUCAAUUUUGCCUACUCCCCGCGCCGUGCCGUGUAGAAUGGUGUAGUUCGUGUGCUUUUCCGCAACAAAAGAGAGUCAAACAGACGGGUCAUUGUUAUUGAUUCGAGUUUUACGGCGCCACAACUGCUUGAUUAUUCACCUCCCAUCAGACGGGUCCCUACCGAAUUUGGACCCGGACCCAGUGGACCUCAUCACGUCGGUACGCCUCUACCUGCUUCCUUCAACAUCAUAGGUACGUUCCGUUGGCGUAUCCAUGUGACCAAGAGUCCCGUGCGCAAACCAUACAUUUUACGCAGUUGAUGUGACUGCGUCAGUACUCGCAGGUGAGUGACGUGGUCAUGCUCAUAAUGUUUCGCUGAACCUAAGCCAGCCCCGCCACAGUUCACGUUGUGCGGAAGAUGAACUCUGUCUCUGUUCCAGGUCGACCUGUCCUCACCCGGUGACCACACAGCGGACGCCACAUGGGCCAUCCGUCCCUGGUAAUGCUGGCGCUGUCUGGCGCACUGCUCGGCACCCACUGCAGCAUCACAGAAGAUCAGAGGUUCUGGUACGAUGACGGCUCUCGUCGACUGCGCGAGGUGCUGGCCAAGCCGCCGGUGGAGCGCGUGGCGCGUAACGUGGUGCUGCUGGUGGGUGACGGCAUGGGAAUGAGCACGAUCACGGCCGGCCGCAUUUACCGCGGUCAGCAGCUCGGCCUCAACGGCGAGGAAUACCAGCUCUCAUUCGAGAAGUUCAGUCACAUCGGCCUAGCAAAGACGUACAACGUGGACGCCCAGGUCGGGGACAGCGCCGCCUGCGCCACAGCUCUCUUCUGCGGCGUUAAGACCAAGUUCCACAGGAUCGGCGUGGACGCGUCCUCGGAGGGUAGCAACUGCCACGGAGGGAGGCGGCUGACCUCUCUGAUCGACUGGGCCCAGCAGGAGGGGAAGUCUACCGGUCUCAUCACCAACACGCGGCUGACGCACAGCACGCCGUCGGCGGCGUACGCGCACGUGCGGGAGCGCCGCUGGGAGAGCAGCACGCAGACCGGUGGCUGUAAGGACAUCGCGCAACAGCUGGUGGAGGAGCAGCCCGGCCGCAGUAUCGACGUGAGGCGCACCAAGGGAGGGGGUCUCCCUCCGCUGCUGACGGGCGGUCGCGCCGCGCUGCCUACGGGCUUCCGUCACCCGUCCCUCAUCGGGCAUCCUGCCCUGUUUACGUAAACAAAUAGCACAGAUGGCCUCCCACCGGGUGUAGACUUAUCACUGUCAUUUGACAACGUCGAUGCCAGUCAUUACACCUUUUAUUCCGUUUAACCGACUUCGAAGCAAUCUUCUGUGCAGUGGUUCAUGACACCUCGAGUACGGUUUGUAGACAGUCGCUUUUGAAUGAUCAUCAGUUUAUACCCAUACGGAACACACACAAAUUCAUCCAGUAAAAAGCAAAUAUACACUCACAACACCGUCUAACAGUGGCGUGAAAGGCCUGGGGCGCCUGGCACAAGAGAGCUGACGCACGCAGGGGUGCAGGAGCCCACUGGAGAACCGUCCCUGGGUCAGCCAGCCUUACGCGCGAGGAAGUCUGAUACGCGGGGAACAGCCUGAUACGCGCGGGAGUCUGAUACGCGGGAACAGUUCGAUAUCCGUCCCAAUGGCUUAGUUAAUUAAAGCACCUGCCUCCGGACCAGUGAGAAAGAAUCGCUUUUGAACUAGGGUGAGAGUGAAAAAUUCCACCGCAAAAGGCCGUGCAGGAGUGAAAAAUUCCAUUCACAGAAGUUGGAGCUUAUGAGUCAAUAAGAUAUAAACCAGCAAGCAAAGACAUACAUUUCAAGUUGCCUUGAAGGUAAUAUCAUAAGCAUGACAAAACUGUUUCUGUUUUUGAAACAUCUUAGGUCAUUACAGUAAAACAGAACACAUUAAAUAGUAAUUAUUUUAUGGCAGUGUGAUGAGCAUGAAAAACUAUGUUACACCAAUGUUUUGAUGUUGCACUUUGCACUUCUCAUGCAUAUGAUUUUUAGGCACAAAACAAAGGAAAAUUAACUGAGCAACAAAAACAACAACAAAUAAUUCAAGAAGCAUAAAUCAUUCAAACAAAGAAGUCUUGGCGUCCUGCACAUCAGCCCAUCACCCAAUCAAACACAUCAGACAUGCCUCUGGCUUCGACCGAGAUGAGGCCGGGAAAUACAAAUAUUGUGUCAUUGUUUCUUGCAAAAUACCGAUGUGUAUUUCCAUGGAAGCAACCUACCCAAGCCUAACCUAGACAGGCCUUAGCUCAUCUCAUCCUGUCUAACCUAUUUGUAUCACGGCAGCAUUUGUGAAUCGCUAUUUUUUGUGUGUGCAAAACUCCUGCUGCCACUUACCAUGCAACUAACCAACUUUCCCAAAUUUAGAGUAGCCCAUAUGCUGAAUGUCAUCUCACUUCACCUCAUCUAUUUCUUGACAGCAAUAGUUGUAAUAAAAUUGUGAAGAUUAUUUUUGACUGGUUUCAACUUGUAUUUUGAAUCAAUUCACUCGUGCGAGCUUGUUGACACCACCCAAAGUUGACCACAAACAAAGCAAAGGCCCCCAAAUCACUUUGAACAACUUAUUCUGGUUGUUAUGGUUGGUCUCCAUCAAGGGCAAUAGUGGAUAUACUCCACAAAACAAUCUCUCUUCUCCAAACGUAACAUAACUUACAGAUGGCCACAAAACCAGUUUUGCUGCUUGCCCUUUCAGAUGCAGCAUAGGCAUACAUUCACAUUUUGUUAUUCAUAUUUCAUGACUUAAAGUUUAGGAUGUUUCCUUCACACUUUAAAUUGGAUGGUCUCACUAUUUGCAAAAACUGAUAUCCACUUCAUGUUGUAAUUUUUACGCAGCUUAGGGUAUUCCUGUGUUAAACAAUGUAGUGCAUACCUACAGUAUAGUCAUUUACCAGCCAGCAAACCAUGGCAACUGUGGACAACAUCUGGUUAAGGCAGACAUGAGGGGCCACUUCAACGAAUUUGAGGCAAAUAGGCAAGAGUGUGGAACAAGAUAGUUCAAUUACAUGUCUUCUGGCAUCAUAAUUUGCACUAUGAACAAAACUUGAUGGAUUAAAACACAAAAUGACUAAAUCUGUUUACAAAUAAUGUGUUGAAAGCAGGCAAAGUUAGUAAUUGGUUGCUCCACAGGAGAAACAUACUUUCUAUUUAAGGGCAUGCUUCUUUCUGUUCCCCACAUAAAGUCAACAUCUUUCGCAUGGUUUGCUGACAGACAGGGUCAUCCAGCCCACCCACAAAAUAUUAAAUAAAUGUCAGUCAUGCCCCGGACCUAUAAGAUUAAACUGCGAAAUAAGAAAGGGGAAGUCUGCAUGAUAAAACAGAAUUUCGCUACCAAAGACUUCCGUAUUAGCCGCGGCAGGUCUAUUCCAAGACCAUGUACGCAAAGAUAAUGUACCGUGUUAAGGUAGCAAGCCUAGAAUGGCUUACAUUUAUCAUUAUUGAGCCCCGCCAUGAGCCAAAAAACGGCUAGCUGGGGGUUCAACAGUGAAAACAUGAUGUUAAAAAUGAGUUCCGUGAUUCAAACUAUCUCCUUCAUUCCCUGUGAGUUGUUCACUAUUAAGUGUAUAUCAAACAUACUGGAGCAGAUGAGGAAUUAAUCCAAUUGAUGUAUGAAAUAUGUGCGAGUUUGCAGCUGGAACAUUUUUCAGAGAAAUUGGUUAGCAUUUUAAGUCAUAGAUGCUACAUUCAAAGGCAAUCAAAAAGGAAGGAAAAAUGAGGUUGUAUCACACUCGUAUGAUAACAGGAAAAAACAAAAAUGAUUAAAUACAUAUAAAGACUGAAAGUUUUUGGUAAAAUUUUUAAUCAGGCCUAUUUGACUAAAAUCUGUGAAAAUGAGUGCUCAAGUGGUGAUAUCCAGCUCUUAUAUUUCAUUUAGGAAGCAUUUCUUGAAUUUUUCACACCUGCACUUCGGAAGUGGUGCAAUUUAAUCAAGUUUCUUCGGGUUAAAGAUAUACGUGGAGUAAAAUUCUCUAUCGUGCUUUGCUGGUGCUUGUACCAGGCUUUGUUUUAGUGGUGCGGUGCUUACGUGGUGCGACCAAAAUAAUUGGGGAUGUAUGAAAACCUUGCAUUUGGCACACAACCACAGAUUGUGAUGUAUUUUGUACAGGGAGCUAGAAUCGCUUUUGAACUAAGGUGGGAGUGAAAAAUUCCAUCACAAAAAACGGUGCGGGAGUGAAAAGAUCAAUUCACAAAAGAUGGAGCUUAUGAACUCGUGACUGAUGCUUCAGCAAAAAGACAUCUUUUUCAAGUUGGCAUGGACGUAAUAUCAGGAACCUAACAAAACUAUUUCGCUUUUCAACAUCUCAGGCCAUUCAAGUGAAACAGAAUACAUUAACACGCGCUCGGGUGGGGGG